GAAGAGCCCUGCGGUGAAUGCACGAGUCCAUGUGCGAGGGGGAAGUGCGUGCACAGGCUAUACCGAUGCAUUACACCCAUCUGCAAGCGCUGCGAGGCACCGGAAAUGACGUCAGAGCAGUGAGCAACGAGUAGUCAAUGGAAACGGGACAGUAUGUGGCGCGUUAUAGGCAGCGUAGCACCAGAAGGAAGUGCGCAAACCCAGGUUGCAUGGGAUGUAGCAAACGGAGCAGAGGUUAAGCAACCUCCAGCCUCUCAGCUGUUAAAGGACUAUAACCCCCCAGCGUCAACCUGCUGGGGAAUGCCGGGACUUGUAGUUUUGUAAUGGCAGCAUAGAACAGCUGAAAGUGCCGCUACUCCCCGACAUAAAUGCGCACUAUGUAUUGUACAUUGUUCACAUUAGCAGUUACACACGGCUCAGUAAUUCUGCCAAGUCCUCUUGUCACCACGAGAAGAGGGUCUGUCAAACCUUCUGACAGCUGAGCAUGAACUGUCAUGGCUACUGCCUUGGGAAAAAAGAAAUACAAGACCUAAAGUGGGUUUAAAGAAGAAUGGAAUCCAGUUCAGCUAAGCCAAAAGUCCCAGAAUUCCUUGCCAACUUAGGAAAAGCCACCCUGCGAGGAAUCCGCAAAUGCCCACGCUGUGGUACAUACAACGGUACCCGAGGCCUGAGUUGCAAGAACAAGAGCUGUGGUGUGGUGUUCCGCUUUGGGAAUCGCAAACAACCCAGUAAGGCUGCAGUCAAGCUUCAUACUGGGUCUGAUGUGCAGAUAUUCUCUGUCAGGCAGAGGGACAGGGGACAUGACCACAGAUGUUUGGUGGUCUUGGGUCUAUCAGAGACCACUAUCCAGACUGAAGAAGGUACAAUUAUAACCCAGAUAAGCUCAGGUCGCUGCCUGGCCCCAUCGUGUCUCAAGGCUGCAGCACGCGGUGUUGUAGAAAACCAGUGCCAGCAUAUGAAGUUGGCUAUGGACUGCCAGAGUGAGGCUGAGCCUUUGCCACUAAAAAACUCAGUUCUAAAUGCCAUGCUGAUCCCGCAAGAGACCAAACAAAGUAUUUUACAGUUAUCUAAUGAGUCACCAGGGCCAUUAGUCCAGAGGAUUACCAAGUCUAUCCUUGUGGUGCGAUGCAAAACUAGCCAGCAGCACAGCCUGGGCUUCCUUCAUGUUUCUUUCAGUUUGCAGUCUGAGCCUGGGCAUGUCUUUGUGUGCUCCUGCCAGCCUCCGAAAGCAUCUACACCACAAGCUGCAAAACCUGAGACUGAGGAAAAAUGUAUCCACUACUAUGCUUGCCUGGGGGCCUUCGCCAGCGAUGAAGCUCUAGCCAGUGAAUUUACAGAGUUUUUCUGCUUCCUGUCCAGCGAUAAGUCUCUGGUCCUUAAAGAGGAAACCGUUUUGGAGACAGAGGGCAAGAUGGAAACAGUGGUUCAGGUGCAGGAGCAGCCAGCCACAGCACUCAAACCCAAAAAACGUCGAAAAGAUGAUACACCUGGUGCAAACGCAUCUGUUCAGGAAUCAUCACUCACACCCCUGAGAAAAUCGUCCCCCAAAAAACAUGGAGCCAUUCCAACUAUUAAGAGGCCAGGAUGCAGUCCACUAAUCGAUGAGUCUCAAGUGUCCUUGUCCUUCCAGGACUGGCUGGCCAGUGUGACCGAGAGAAUCCACCAGACCAUGCACUACCAGUUUGAUGGUAAGCCAGAGCCAUUGGUAUUUCAUAUUCCACAGUCUUUCUUUGACACUCUUCAGCAGAGGAUUUCUAUGGGAAACACAAGGAAGAGGCUUCCAAAUUAUACCACAACUUUUGUUCGAAAAGAUGCCCUUCCACUGGGAACCUUUGCAAAGUACACGUGGCACAUAACCAAUAUCACACAUGUUAAACAGAUAUUUGAUACAAUACAGGUACCACUGGAGGUUACCCGAAGCUUUGUCCAGAACCGAGAUGGCACAUAUGAGCUGUUCAAAUGCCCCAAAGUGGAAGUUGAAAGCAUUGCUGACACAUAUGGGCGGAUAGAAAAACAGCCAAUCCGACCUUUGGAGCUGAAAACAUUUCUUAAAGUCGGCAAUACUACCCCAGACCAGAAAGAGCCCACCCCUUUUACCAUCGAAUGGAUUCCUGACAUCCUGCCUGUGUCCAAGAUCGGGGAGCUACGCAUUAAAUUUGAGUACGGUCACCAUCGGAAUGGUCCUGCUGCUGAUUUCCACGAACCGCCACCCAGCCUGGAGCACACUCUGGAGAUCACACCUCUCACCACUAUUACAUUUGAUUGAUCUCAUCGACACGCUCUCAUUGGCUAGUCACAUGCCAUGUACUUUUAUAGAGUUACCAUUGGGUAACGCCUCAUUGUACAAACAGAAUCCUCUGAAAUAGGGAAAGUACCUGGCAGUUAGUGGUUCCGAACAGCAGCACAAUAAUUCUACCAAUCGCCCCCAAGUACCUAAGAGUGAUUUUUUUAACCACAAACCCAGCAGUGUUACUUCUGUUCAGCGAUCCGGAUUAUUUCUCCAAGACAGUAUGAAAUGGUUUCAACGAAUAACAAGACAAUCAUUAAAGCUGAUCUUUUUUUUAA